CAAAGACGUCCCCAAGCGCCGAAAAGCAGUCUUCACGGAUCUGGCUCGCCGUAGUCCUAGAAUCGCAGGUCCUGCAAGUAAACCAGGGGGAAUCGCUGUCGGCUCGUCAAUCAAUCUCCAAUUCAGCCAAUCCGCGUCGCGCAUGCCGGAACGCACAACUGAGAGACACCAAGCAGCCGAGCCUCCAUUUCUUGUACGUCUAUCACGUAUUCCGCGUGUAUUCUUGGGGAGGACAUCGAGUACAUAUCAAAGAUGCUUGCCGCGGUUUCCUGUAGCUCCUUGCACCCCUCAUCGCUCUUCGCAUGCCUUCUAAGUUUCUGGACCAUCUUUUUUUCCUUCGUAUUUUUCCUCAAAUCGCUCGUCCUAGUCUGCCUCAUGCUCUCAUGCUAGUCAGCUCGAUGUCUCUCGUUGCUGGUAGGGUGCUCAUCUGGUCUGCUUGAGUGACCAAGUGCGCGUGCGCUUUUGUCUUGCGACCCGAUCAGCCCAUUUUCUCAUUUCUUUGGCAGAGCUGCCGUCAUAUUCUUAUUUCAUAAGCGUAACGUUUGCCAACCAUGCGGCUAUGCAGAGCAUCUUUCGCCAUGGCUGCAGUGCUGCAGUGUCUGACAUCUUGUCUGACUUGCUUGAAGGGAGUCAAGGCAACGCCAAUCAAACGUGCUCCCCCUUCCGUUGUGCAGCAGUCAAACGCUCCACCAGGUGUGCCUGAGUACGUGAUAAAAUAUGCACCUUUAGUGUAUAUGGAUCCAACUGAGAAAUACAUGCCGGCGGACCUUGCCACCCAUCUCGCCCACUGCACUCCAAUGGGAAACAACCGUGCUGCGUUGGCAAAUCUGCCUUCGCCACUAACCCUCGACAAUCUUGACUUGCUGAACGCAUUCAGUUCGGACAAGGGUAAAAGCGUGUAUCUGACGUCAAAUGACGACUUUACAAAAAACCCGCCGUGGAUAUUGGGCACAACACCCGAUGCAAAUGGCAAGACUGAGAACGCAAUCAGCUCGGUCGUAAUUGUUGCGGAUAAGGGCAACGGCCUGGUCGACGCGUUCUACUUCUAUUUCAACUCGUUUGACGAUGGCGGAAUUGUUCUGGAUCAGAACCUUGGCAACCACGUCGGAGACUGGGAGCAUAACAUGGUUCGAUUCCAGAACGGAGUGCCACAGGCUAUCUGGUUCAGUCAACAUUCAGGAGGGCAGUCCUUCACGUACAAGGCAGUCCAGAAGGACGCUGCGGGACUGAGGCCUAUCGACUUCUCCGCGAAUGGUUCUCACGCUAACUACGGCCUUGCUGGCGAUCACGAUCACACAAUUGCCACCAUCAUCCCCGGCUUGAACCUGCCUGGCGACGGCCUGAUCACCGAUCACACAGGGUACGGCGCAUUGUGGGACCCGAUCAAGUCUGCGUACUGGUAUUCCUAUACUGGGCCGACCGGCAGCACAAAGGACAGCUCCCCAACGCGAUUCGAUUCCCAAGUUGGAACUUUCACCGCUUACGACAAUGCAACGAGUCCUGUCGGUUGGCUGUAUUUUCAAGGACGCUGGGGCGAUCAGCAGCUACCCGACAGCGAUCCGAGGCAGAAGUCGUUCUUCGGACAGUACAAAUACACGACCGGACCAAAUGGACCGGCCUACAAGAAUCUUGUCAGGAAGAACGUCUGGCCCGGAGGAACAGGCGUAUUGUCGCCUGUGCUUGUUCCGUGAUGGACUCCCAACGUGUAAAACGAGAAGAGUGUAAUGUCUGAUGAAGGUAGUCUCGUAAAUAAUAAUGCCCAUAAUUGUCUGAUGAACCGUUAUCCCUGGCUACGGAAUUUGCCGCUAGCUGAGUGAGUUUUCCUCAACAGGUUUACGUCGAAUCAGGUGCAUGGUAAGGGCCAAGCGACGGAGGCCGGGUAACCGCUAUAUUGGAUAUGAUGCUGCCUCAAUUAUAU